GAGCCGUAUAGAAGAGUUGCUGGACCAGACAUUUGCUUUUCAGUGACAGACAGUUAAUGGACAAGUCCCAGGGCUGCUGUGUGAGACACACAGCAGCAGUCCAAUGGGCGGAGUCUGAGGAAUAUCAUCAAGAAAAGAUGAAACAGCAAGGGGGAAUAUAUAAUUUCCAAGAGCAACAGAAUAAGAACGCAGAACACACCUUGUACAACCAAUAUGAGGAGAAAAUCCGUCCCUGUAUUGAUCUCAUUGACUCCCUGAGAGCGCUUGGAGUAGAAAAGGACCUGGCUUUGCCAGCAAUUGCAGUGAUUGGAGACCAGAGUUCUGGAAAAAGCUCGGUUCUAGAAGCCCUGUCCGGAGUUGCUCUCCCUAGAGGCAGUGGUAUUGUUACCAGAUGUCCCUUAGUGCUCAAACUGAAAAAACUGGCUCCUCAGCGGGACUGGAAAGGGAAAAUUAGUUACCGGGAUAUAGAUGAUGAACUCCAUGAUCCCUCAGUGGUGGAAAAAGAAAUAAGAAAAGCCCAGGAUGCAAUGGCUGGUGAAGGAGUGGGCAUUAGCCAGGAAUUAAUUUCCCUCGAAAUUAGCUCUCCGAAUGUUCCAGAUCUGACACUGAUUGAUCUGCCAGGGAUUGCUAGGGUGGCUGUAGGGAAUCAGCCACAAGACAUUGGAGAACAGAUCAAAAAGCUAAUUAAAAAAUUUAUUGCUAAGCAAGAGACUAUAAAUUUGGUAGUGGUGCCAAGUAAUGUGGAUAUCGCAACAACAGAGGCACUGAAAAUGGCUCAAGAGGUAGACCCUGAUGGAGAGAGAACUCUAGGGAUCCUGACAAAACCAGAUUUGGUGGACAGGGGAACUGAGUCGUCAGUUGUUGAUAUUGUACGAAACCUUGUCAUCCACCUAAGGAAGGGUUAUAUGAUUGUUAAAUGUCGUGGGCAGCAAGACAUUCAUGACAAGCUCACCCUGGCGUCUGCAAUCCAGAAGGAGAGAGAAUUCUUUGAGCAGCAUGAACAUUUUAGAGUUCUUCUGGAUGAAAACAAGGCCACUAUCCCCAUUUUGGCAGAGAAACUUACAAGUGAGCUUGUGGAACACAUUAAUAAAUCUUUGCCUGUUUUAGAAGAGCAAAUAAACAUUCAACUCCAAAAAGCAACUGAAGAGUUACGCAAAUAUGGCAAAGGCACACCAAAAGCAGAAGGCGAGAAGUUAUUUUUCCUAAUAGAUAAAAUCAAACUGUUUAAUCAAGACAUCAUGAGUUCAGUGACAGGAGAAGAAAAGUUGUUUGAAAAUGAAAUUAGACUGUUUACAAAAAUCCGCACAGAGUUUCAAAAAUGGGGGAAGAUACUUGAUGACAGUGCAUUGACUGUUAGGAAAACUAUACAACAUGAAGUGUGGAGAUUUGAAAAACAGUAUCGUGGAAGAGAGCUCCCAGGGUUUGUCAGUUACAAGGCAUUUGAGACUAUUGUAAGACAGCAAAUCAUGGUACUAGAAGAACCAGCUAUUGAGAUACUGAAGAAAGUAAAUGAACUUGUCCGAGAAUCUUUUACAGAAGUUGCCAAAGAUCAUUUUAAGGAUUUUCACAAUCUUAACAGAGCUGCUAAGGACAAAAUUGAAGACAUUAGAGACAAACAAGCACAGGAAGCCGAAACAAUGAUCCGAGUCCAGUUUAAAAUGGAGCAGCUUGUAUACUGCCAGGACAAUGUUUACAGCCAAGACUUAAAAGUUAUCAGGGAAGAAACACCAAAGGAAGCAGCCAACAGUCUGAAACCAGCCUCCUCAGUUUUAAAUUUGGGAACUGUUCCAACCCAGAACCACUCUGCCAUUAAGGAAAUGGCUUAUCACCUGGCGGCAUACUUCAGUAGUGCAGGUAAACGUCUCUCCAGCCAGAUUCCUCUGAUCAUCCAAUUCUACAUCCUUCAGGACUUUGGAGAUAAAUUACAGAAUUCAAUACUGCAACUUUUACAAGAAAAAGAAAAAAUGAACUUCUUUCUUCAGGAACGGAAAGAUACUGCCGAUCGGAGGCAGUUUCUGAGUGGACGAAUUGAUCGUCUGACACGAGCUCGCUUUUGCUUAAUAAAAUUUUCUGUGCUGUAGCCUCUCUGCUUGAAAUGGUCUGUUUCAAAUGUCAGUUCUUGGUACUGAAAAGACCCAUAGCAGAGCUUUGUAUAACCCGUUAGAAAUUGUGCAUCUGUCUACAUUGGCCUUAAAAACCGAAUGAACUAAUUCAAAAUUUAGCUAAAUCACAUAACUGCUUUAACAUCAUCAGUUAUGUGUGUGUCACAUGUUCAUCUGUGAACCAUUUUAUUUUGAAAGUCUUGUUUUAGUUAGUUUAGUGUAUAGCAUUAUGAAUUUCUUAUGCUUCCCCGUAAUUACGUUGCUACUGCGAAACAUUCUGCAUAUGUUCAUUUUAACAAGUGAGGACAUGAGCUCUCUGGUACAGACCAUACAACCUUCAGUAGGCAAAUGAAUUAAACCAUAUUGCAGUCAGAGACUGAACCAAAAGUGUAAGUAUAUUUUAAAUGUGUGCUUUCUUACUCACUUUUUUGGUUGUGUUCUUCCACAUGCUUUAUUUUAGCCAUAGAAACUAGUUAGUCUAUUUUAACAUUUUGGAAGUAUUUAAAAAAAAGAAAGGUAAAUG